UCCCCCUCCGCUCAUCUGCUCCGCAGCCGCGUCGAAACACACAAACACACGUUCAGGAGACAAGAGAUCCGCGAGGAACAGACGACGCAGAGAUGAGGGAAAGAAAACAGCUGAAAUCCACUCGGCUGUAAACCAUGGCCGAGAGAUAGAGAGGGGGGGGGGGGAGAGAGAGAGAGAGAGAGAGAGAGAGAGAGAGACAUGGCCCUCUCCAACAUCUCCGCAGUGAAGCUGCACGUCCUGGACUGAAGACCAUGCUGGAUAAGAGCGAGGUGUCGACUCUGGCUCUGCCGCCCCCCGUGAGCCAUGGCGGGUCAGACGGGAACAUCAGCGUGGAGGCCGGGUCUGAGGGUGAGAUCCAGCGGACGCGGGCGGCCCUCGAACACCUCCAGCAGAAGAUCCUGAAGAUCACGGAGCAGAUCCGCGUGGAGCAGGAGGCCCGGGACGAUAAUGUGGCCGAGUACCUCAAGCUGGCCCACAACGCCGACAAGCAGCAGGCGUCACGCAUCAAACAGGUGUUUGAGAAGAAGAACCAGAAGUCUGCGCAGACCAUCGCACACCUGCACAAGAAGCUGGAGCACUACCACAAGAAGCUCAAAGAGACCGAACAGAACGGUCCAGCACGGCAGCCCAAAGACGUCCUGCGGGACAUGCAGCAGGGGCUGAAGGAUGUCGGAGCCAAUGUGCGAGCAGGAAUCAGCGGUUUUGGAGGAGGUGUGGUGGAGGGAGUGAAGGGUGGAGUCUCGGCGCUCACACACACCGCCGUCGUCUCCAAACCCAGAGAGUUCGCUAGUCUCAUUCGGAACAAGUUCGGAAGCGCCGACAACAUCGCACAUAUGAAGGACCCUCUGGAGGACGGACACGCGGAGGAGACACCCAGAGCUCUGAGCGGUAGCGCUACGCUAGUCUCCAGCCCCAAAUACGGCAGUGAUGACGAGUGCUCCAGCGCCACCUCUGGAUCCGCAGCAGGCAGCAACUCUGGCGGAGCCGGCGGCGCCUUGUCAGGGAUGGGAGCGGCCAUGGGCAGCCCUCGACUGGACGGACACCACCACCACCAUCACCACCACCACACCUCAUCCUCCUCCUGGGACGCGCUGCUGGAAGGCCUGCAGGAGAUCAAGGUGGGUCAGGUGCACAUGGAGGACGCCAUCGAUGACAUGAAGGCACAGCUGCAGAGCGACUACAGCUACAUGACCCAGUGCCUGCAGGAGGAGCGCUACAGAUACGAGCGGCUGGAGGAGCAGCUGAAUGACCUGACAGAGCUCCACCAGAACGAGAUGAGCAAUCUGAAGCAGGAGCUGGCCAGCAUGGAGGAGAAAGUGGCGUACCAGUCCUACGAAAGAGCGAGAGACAUCCAGGAGGCGGUAGAGUCCUGCCUCACCCGCAUCACCAAGCUGGAGCUGCAGCAGCAACAGCAGCAGGUGGUGCAGCUGGAGGGUGUGGAGAACGCAAACGCCCGUGCGCUACUGGGAAAACUCAUCAACGUGAUCCUGGCGCUGAUGGCGGUGCUGCUGGUGUUCGUCUCCACCAUGGCCAACUUCAUUACGCCGCUCAUGAAGACGCGGGCGCGGGUCGGUGCCACCCUCGCCCUGGCGCUCUUCCUGGUCACACUGUGGAAACACUGGGAU